GCACCUCAUCUAGAUGCAGACUGGCACAUGAAGACACGCUCACAGCUGACUUACUUCUACAUGUGGCAGAUGUGACAUAUUGGAGGGUCGAUCUAUGCCUUUUGGAUUCUCUGUCAAUUAUCAAUACCGAGCUUUUUCUCACGCCGUGGGCUCCUGUACUGAGGGCGUGAAGUUAACAAAGCCUGAUCUUUCGUCACAAAAUCCCCGAUCAAAGCUUUUGGCCACUUUCUUGGGCCUGAGAGAUCCAUUCUCGACACUGCAGUCAUCUUUACGGAUAAUUUCUUACUGCCUCAAAUUCUCAGGGAAUAUGACACUAUCUCACCAUGCUUUAAAAUUUCCGCUUAACUGCGUAGAUGUGCAUGUCUCAGUUAUGUUGAAAAGUGUUCAGAGGGUGAAAUGUCACUGUCAUGCUCAGCUCUCGAUCAGUCAUUCUGGCUAGAGAUAGAUAGAUAGAUUCAGCACGUACAUGCGUCACAACGUUUUCCUAAGUACAAGUGAAUUCUUUGCUCGAUCUCACUGGUUGUUUAGCGUCGUUGAUUUCCUGUCCAGAUCUAGCGAUCUUUGACUAUAGAUGGAUGUCCGAAGAAAAUUUGUCAAACGUUUAGUUCAAUAUGCACUAAUAGGAUGUUUAUUUCUAUCUAACAUUCUCAGCAUUAAACGGCAUGUCCGGAAACGUA